AUGGUCCUGCCGGCAGAAGAUGAAGCGGCACUAAGCACGGUGGACCAAACCCUAGCCGGGGACCAAGCCCCAGUUAGGGACCAAGCCCAUGAUGGAUGCCAAGCCCACAUUAUAAGCCAAGCUCAAGACUGGGCUGCGAACCCGCCCACCCUGCGCCACUCGGGCGCGGCUCCGGACCUACAGGAGUACAUGAUAGACGGUUGCACGGCAGUGGACGACCUGAUAUUUGCCGGUUUGCACGCCUCUCUUGAUCAACAAGUCCUGGAAAUCCUCAAUGACCAAGACUCCCUAGCCCUCCAGCGCGACCGAGCCCUGCGAGAGGCUAUGGCCAAGGCGAAUGAGAUGCUCGAAGGCGACGAUGAUAGUAGUAGUAGCACCGCGGAAGAGGAAUACGCCGCCACGGAAACUGAAGAAAACCACCCGACGGCCGCAACGCACGAAGAAGCCGCGCCGGCCGCCAGCGCGGCUGCGGAAGACCUUGAUGGCGCCCCAGACGACGACGUGCUGGCAGCCACCGUCCUCGAACUUCCUCCCGGACUCAAGGCCGCCGUCCAGUCCCUGCCCCAGCAGCUGGACCCGGAUGAACCGCUCCGGCCAGUCGGCCGAGUCCUGCAUCAAGUCGAACAAAUGCUCACCGUCCAGUCCGCCACCGGUAAUGCCAUCCUGGAACUGGCCACUCUCUGCGUCGACACCCAGCGACGGGUUGUAGGCUACAUUGUUGACACCAUGGGCCCCACCUGUGCCCCAUUCUAUGUUGUCCAGCUCACCACCGCGACCGCGAAAGCGGGAGACGAACUCUUCGCCGUCGCCUCCGCCAAAGUCGCGGCCGUCGAGAGCAGAGAGCGUUGGUCGGAUGACGAGGACGACCCUCUCGAGGAAGGCGCCCCUCCUCGACCCAGUCCUCCUGCUCGAGCCAGUCCUGCCACGCGCACCAGACAAAAGCAGGAACGCGGCCACGAACGCGGGAAACAACACAAAGCCCGACCCCACUCGUCCGCCCCAGCCUGGCAACAAUCCCCGUUCGUCCGUGCGCUGCCUCCACCUCCGCCACCGCCGCGACCCUUCCCGUAUCCGUCUCAGCCUUACUUCCAACCCGCGCAGUACCAGUACCAACAACCAUACGUGCCCGGAGCCCCAAUGGCCGCGAUGAUGGGCGCCCCGAUGACUGGGACCCCCAUGGCCGGAACCCCCGUCGUCGCAACGCUGCCAGACGGGACACCGAUCCUAGUCAACAUGCCGCCCCAGCAGCUGCUGCCACAGCCAUCUCCAUCCUACCCCUAUCGGUAA